AUGCCAGAUGAUCAAAUACUGUGUCAUGAACCUUCUCUUAGAACCACCAAAGCACUUAUUAAUCAAGAACCAACACUAAUUACCACAUCAAUUAACCUUUACGAAACUAUUAUUUCGGACUUC